UCCUGUCGGACAUGGCCAUGACGGAGGUGGAUCGCUUCAUGGACCGGGAGCACCUGAUCUUCCGGGAAAACACCCUCGCCACGAAAGCCAUAGAGGAGUACCUGAAACUCAUCGGCCAGAAAUACCUCAAGGAUGCCAUCGGCGAGUUCAUCCGGGCGCUGUACGAGUCAGAGGAGAACUGUGAGGUUGACCCCAUGAAGUGCUCAGCCUCCACCUUGGCUGACCACCAGGCCAACCUCCGCAUGUGCUGCGAGCUCGCCCUCUGCAAGGUGGUCAACUCGUUUGGCAGCAAGGAGGAGUACAUGGCCUUCAUGAACGAGUUCCUGGAGCUGGAGUGGACCAGCAUGCAGCAGUUCCUCUAUGAGAUCUCCAACCUGGACACCCUCACCAACAGCACCAGCUUCGAGGGCUACAUCGACCUGGGCCGCGAGCUCUCCACCCUGCACGCCCUCCUCUGGGAGGUCAUGUCCCAGCUCAGCAAG